CUUUCUUGCCAUACUCGCCAGGGGUGCCCAGGUAACCUCGUAACAAAUCGCCAUGCUGUCCACAAUUAAGAAAAGACGUUAGAUGACGAUUACUGGCAACUUUCAUGCCUACCUCAUACGCUUGGCAACGUAUCCUGGCCCCGAUCUAGGCUGACACGCUGCAGGCCCCAACUAGUAGUGGAUGGACCCUGAUGAAAGCUCAAAUGUUUUCUCCCAAACGCAUACAAAACUGCCACUUUUGAUCUCAUCGAACCCGCGGCGCCGGACUCAACUCCUGAUAAGUCAACUGGCUCCCUUGUGUAUGCAGCCAUCUUCAAACGCAUCUUGUCUGCUAGGACUUUGCACAACCUCGUCACUUCAACAUGCCUCGCUUCAGAGACAUUGCCCCCGCACCCCACAGGCAAGAAUCGGCCGAGUCCCGGUCUUCUCAAGAAACUUCCUCCCUCGGGCCCCUAAGUGAUUCUCCUGCACUUCCGCCUCGUCGUCUGCUGUCUCGCAAGGCUUGCGCCUAUUGCAAGACGAAAAAGAUCAAGUGCAGCGGCGGAGAGCCGUGCUUUCAGUGCCAAUCGCGGCAGCGACCUCAAGAAUGCCGCUACCAACUUUCGCCAGAAGAGGCGUUGCGCCUGGAAAACGUGCGUCUCCGAGAACGGAUUCAGGAUUUGGAGUUGCUGUAUAGGUCUCAGGGUGCAGAGAGCUCUGACAAUAUGCAUCUCGACGAUAUUGCGGUAAGUGUCUUUGACCAGAGGCCUAGCAGCGCUCAAUCAUCGUUGGGAGAACGACUGGAUAAUGAAGCUUUCAGCCAUUAUUCCCAGCCAUUCUCACCCCACCAGCCUUUGUCCACUAAGAGCUCAUCUGCCGUCGGUAAUUCACCCUUGCCGCCUUCUUUACUCUCAAGACAAAUCUCUACAGAGAUUGAAAAGGAAUACAUGCUUCAACCACAUGCCCACCACAGCCUGGCGAACGAAUUGGCGACCAGGUACCCCUCGGUAUACCCUACUCUAAUACAUCCAGAUGCUGAGCGCCUUGGGCUACAGGUGAUAUACGACCCCAGUCAGCUUCUCAGCCACAUAGAUGCCCUACAGAUUACAUGCUCGAUUGAAAAUAAGCGCCCUUAUCCACAGUCUGACAACCGAUUUCAGAGCGUUGACAUCACCCAAUGGACUGAUGUCGCGAUUAACGGAGAUCUUGCCGCUAGCCUGCUCUCACAAUACUUUGUCAAUGACCAGCCUGCCUUUCAACUUUUUGAUGCAGACCUCUUUCUCGACGACUUGGUCCACGGGGGGCAUGUUUACUGCUCAUCCCAGCUCGUCAAUGCAUUGUUGGCGUGGACUUGCCAAGCUUACUGCAGCUUAUACCCCGAGAAGGGUCUGCAAGAAUUGGGUGUCCGAUUUUUGGCACAAGCAGAUCAUUUAUUCUGGCAGUCAUUGAAUCUCAACACCAUCACCUCUGCCCCUACCGCCACUCUGCUUGGAGCUUGCGCCGUGGUGUCAGGCCACGCCGACCUCUCGGCGCGAUACAAGGCCGCUUCUCUUGCAGCUAGUCGGGUCAUGGGGCUAUUCGGGACUGGGGACGCUUUUUCUGCAGGGGUAAUUGCUCAACCGACAGGUAUAACUCUGAGCUCUGGCCAGUGGGCCAAAGCCACUUCACAUACUGCGUGGGGUGUAUUUUCGAAUCAAACAUUCACUGACUUACAUACCCGCUCCUGUGCAUUUCAGGGGCAUCCCGGGCUUCCCAUAGCUGGUCGCGAUACGUACAAGACGGAUGACGGUAGCUUAGCGAUACUCCCUCUCCCCAGCUAUUCAGAUGUCAGCUACGUAUCCACGAAUGAGCUGGCGGUAAUAGUUCAUGACAUGGUGCGGUUGUACUACUAUACUGGUGAGCCAGACGAUGGUUCUCCGCUAGCAGCAAUGCCGAAUCGAAACCCAAGCCUUGAACAAGCUGAAAAUAUCUUUCGGCGACUGCUUGCAUGGGCGGCAGGUCUGCCGUUUGCCUGCGUCAGAGGGGAUCAGAACUCUCCAGAGACAAUGUGCAUGCAUAUGCACUUUCAUGCAGCUGUCAUUGCAUUAUUUCAACCAUUUAUAUUUGGCCCAUUGCGGCGGCUGAAGUUCCAGUCAUUCGACACUCAAGGAUCCGCCCUCUGUGCGUUCAACUCCUCGGUUGACCAGCUCAAGAGGCUGGUAAUCAAUUACCAGAGUACAUUUGAUCUCCAGGGAAAUCUGUUGGGACCACUGGGCGGGACGAUGUCUCUUGCAAGCAGUCUUUGCCAGACUGGACCCUCGGUGGAACGAAAGGACGAUUCUGUACGACGACACUACUUUGCGGUCUGCAUCAAGGGCCUUCUUCGCAUCGUGAGCCGGUUUAAAGUUAUCAAAGUCUUCAUACAGGGACUACUGGCCCUGGCGCUUUCCACCCAAACGAUCACGAGACAAUACGCAGAGUCGGUGAUGGGCGAGGUGACGCGACCGGAAAAUUCGUCACUCGCGGCCAUGGCGGCAGAGCACCUCACUUCGAACGUGGUGGUAGACUACGAGCUUGCGCUGACGCACCGAUCGGCGGCUACUUGUGACCGGGUCGCGGCGACGCUUGGGGAUCUCAGCAGAUCAAAAAGAACCGAGCCCACAGUCGACGUUGGUUAUGUUAUGGACGGCGAUAAGAUGGAGAUGGUGUAA